AAUAUUUCUUUUGUCUUUUUACACAAAGACAUUCCCCUAAAAUCUCUCUUGUUCUUGACUCACUUCUACUUCAACCUUCUCUGUUCUUUCCAAACUCUUUGAGCACAAAUGGGUUGCUGUCUUAGCAAAAAACCUUCUCCUUCCUCUAAUGUCACCUCCUCUACUAUUAUUAGAUCCCCAGAUCCCACCAUCAAACCCAAGAUUGAGCCAAUAGAAGAAACAAAACCCAAAUUUCAGAAACUGAAUCAAGAAGAAGAAGUUCCAAAAAAAGAAGCUUUGGUGAUAAAACACAGAAGAAGCCAUGAAGAGAGAUCCAAGAAGACAGAUUCAGAUAAAGACUCUCCAGUUUCGUCUCCUGUAGCUGCUGAGAAACCGAACUCUACAACACCUGUCGUGAGGAUCUCGAGCUGUACUAAAGAAGAAGUCGAUGCUAUAUUAAUACACUGUGGGAAGCUGAGUAGAAGCAACUCUGCUGCUAAAACAAGAAGAUACUCUGCUUCAAAGAGAAGUUUUGAUUUUGACCAAAACGGCGGCGAUGAUGCGGCGGUGGAGGUGGAAGAGGCUGAGAUGCAGACUCACCGGAACCGUCACCAUGGAGUUGAGAGAGUGAACGGUUCGCCACGGGAACGAAGAAGACGAACUCCGAGUAGAGAAAGGGAUGAUUCGAGGAGUUACCGAUCCGGAAGCAGAGAAAGAGGAAACAACGGCGGUGGUAGCAGCAGGCGAGUGAGUAGAUCUCCGGCGAAACGAUCGGAGUUUCCAAAUGUUAACAACAACAGACCGGGAAAGUUUGUUACGAUUCCGGCGACUGAUAAGAGUAACAACGUAGAGCCGUCGGUUAAACGGGUUACUACGGUUAAGAGAAACAUCGGAGACGCUUGUAGAAUCGCAGCGUCUCCGAGAUCAAAGUCUCCGGCAAGAACGGGUCCCUCGCUUAGCCGGAGCAAUUCAAGAAAGGCGGAGCAAUCCCCGUAUAGACGAAAUCCAUUAGGAGAGAUUGAUCAAAACUCAUCAAGAAUCGGAUCUUGUAACAACAACAACAACAAGACGAUAGAGUCUCUAAAACCUAAUCCAAGAACUAGUAGAGCUGCUAGCCCGAGUAGUCGCCCCGCAGCAGUUGUAGAACCUCCUCAAGUUGUGUUAAGGAGAAGCAGAUCGGUGAGGAAGUCUCGAGAUUUCGAUAUGGUAUCGAACGAAGAUAACAAUUACACAGCAUUGUUGUUGAAAGAUAUUAAGAAUUUUCAUGGGAAGAGUGUUGUUGAAGACCACUCGGUUGCGUUGUUGCCUUUAUGUGUUACUAAAGCUUGUUCCAUUGUUGAAGCAGUGGCUGAUCUUAACUCUAUGGCUAACAACAACAACUCCGAUUCGAGCCGGUUUAGAUUCACAUCGACGGCUAAGAAAGCGGAUUUGAUGGAACCGAGUUUUGAAAAGUAUGUGACUCUGAAGAGAGGUGGUUCGUUGGAGGAAUCAUCAGGCAGCAACAAUGUUACAUGACUCUUCUUUAGGCAAUAAUGACAUAAACUCGUGUUGUUGUGGUUUAAGUUUUAAUAAGGAGACAUUGUUGUUUAUUUGCUCAUAUAUUUCAAUGAAUUUUUUUUUCUCUUCUUGUUAUGACAAUUUUUGGGAGGUUUAAUGGUUAAAUUGUC